AUGAAAGUUCAGCCCACUAUAGUUGUACUUGCAUGUGUUCCUGGGUUGUGCGCGGCUGAAAAAUUUGAUUAUGCGGGCCUUUCCGAGACUUUAAAAACAUUCUGCGGUAAUGAUUUCCUUUCUUGUUGGGAUCCUGUUAUAUCUAAAGGCGUAUUUUUUGGUGAUUUUGCUGUAGAGGAUGUUCGCAAUAUGCAUGGUUCUCUUGCAGUUCAAGGAAAUUUAGACGGUAAAUUUGGUGCGAUUAAUAAGAACAAUGCCUUUGAUUGUAGCGAUGCAAACAAUGUUUACUCAGAGAAGUAUGGUCUAGUUGUUGGAGGCCGAACUCAUGCUACUGUUGAUCAUGUAUACGGUGCCUCAUACUUUCAGAAAGAGACAGACAUUUCACGUAUCCGGAAGUAUGGCGAAGGGUGUCCCAUAUUUACUGAUCAGGGUACCGGUUUUUUCGACUUUAAACAAGCUCACACUGAUGCAAUAAUGGCUUCCAUGAAAUUGUCAGUUUUACAUCCUACUUUAAAAAUGGAUGAGAAUGAUGUUCUUACAAGACUCCAUGAUAAAGAGAAUGAUUUCGAUGUUAUAACCAUGAACACCUGUAAUGACUACAACUGCCAUCUUUUUCCUGGAAUGCUAUCGGAUGCUACUCAUAUAAUUAGUGGGAGGAAUAUCGAAUGGAAAACUUCUCAAGGAGAGACAUUGCCACAAACGCUAAUAGUUAAUGUUCCUAUUUCUGUUGGCACGACCUUCACAUUAUCUGUGAACCCCGAAGGCUUAGGAAAUUCAGAUCGCAAUACAAUUUACAACUUUUACCCUUCGAAUGAAUAUGGCAUCUAUACACCCGGAAGAAUACACAUUAAUCGUCAUAUGGUUGGGCAAACCCAUGAUUUUACAUUAGCACCUGAUGCGAACAUUCAAGAUAUUGGUAUCAUUGAUCUCUCGGGAGUAGUUGUGGCUAAUGAUUACCAUUCCAAAAACAAAGCUAGUCCCAUGAAUCUUUUUGCAGCUCCCCAGAAGAGAUGCAUUGGGCCUGACUGUAUGCCCGAAUCUCUAACACCUAUCAGCACAAUAACCUAUUCAACGAUUUAUAGUGACAUUCCUGAUACAGUGCAUAAUAAACCCACAACUAUCACCAUACCUUUUUCAACAAUCACUCAAGAGAUUGAUAAUACGAUUACAUAUAGUACAAUUUACGAGGAGACUAGUACUAUACACCAUAAACAUUCAAUAGUCACAGAAGUACCCGUCAAUACAGUUGUAUAUAAAACAAUUUACGGCGAUGUUACCGAUCAAUACACCUAUUCAACGGUAACAGAUGAUAUUAACAACACAGAACCUAGAUAUCUCACGAUUUAUGACGAUACUCCUGGACAAUCAAUAGUUUAUAAUACCAUCGUUGUUCAACCUUCCAUUGUAACAAAUCAGCAAGAAAUAACUAUAGAAUAUUACAGCACACUGGAAUAUCAAACGAUUUCUACUGAAGUUGAUGAUGAGUCAGUAGUCUACAACUCAUAUUCAACUGUUAGUGAAUUUACAUCUCAUUCUGAACGACAUAUAGUAAUAUACAGCGACAUUGUACCUGAAGCUCCUGACUCUUCUCAACUCACCUAUUCGUUUGCCACCAUUUAUGGCGGUGACACCGGUCAAUCGAUAACCCAUAGCACUGUGACUGACACACCUAGCACCGAAUCAAAACAAUAUUCAACCAUUACUUACGAGCCUUCCAGUACGAUAACACAUAGUACUGUGGAUCAUCAAUCUUUAAGUAUUCCGUUUGCUUUGGUAUCUUCUCUCAGAAAUGAAUAUAGCGAUGCUAAUCGUGUUGACAUUCCUACACCACAACCCCAGCAUAGCACUGUAACUGACACACCUAGCACCGAAUCAAACCAGUAUUCAACCAUUACUUAUGAGCCUUCCAGUACGAUAACACAUAGUACUGUGGAUCAUCAAUCUUUAAGUAUUCCGUUUGCUUUGGUAUCUUCUCUCAGAAAUGAAUAUAGCGAUGCUAAUCGUGUUGACAUUCCUACACCACAACCCCAGCAUAGCACUGUAACUGACUAUCCUAGCGCUAUUCCAGACAAAUCUUCAACUAGGGAGACACACUUUGAUACAGUCACAUUUAAUACAAUAACCGACAUUGAUUUAUCCAGUAAACUCAUUUCCGAUGUUACUAUGAGUGGAAUAAGACACAGAAUAGCGACUAACAUCCCUAGAGACACCAUAACCCACAUCACAAUUACUGAUAUCCCUCACAGCGAAAAAAUAACCCAUCACACGGUUAUUGAUAUCCCCAAUGAAUCUAUACCUCGUGAUACAGCUACCUACCGUACAUUGAACGACAUCCCCCAUGAAGAAGCAAAUCAUCGCACCAUUGCUGAUAUCACAUCUAACGAAGAAACACCUUUCCGCUCAUUUAUCAAUAUCUCUGACGAACCAGUGAAUUACCGUACAAUCAAUGAUACUCCCAACAAAACAGUGAUUUACAAUGGCAAAGUAACUGAUACUCCUGUCAUCCAUAGCCGAAUUGAAGAUAUACCCAGCAACACCGUGGCCCAUAGGACAAUUACAAAUGAUAUUUAUGAUACAACGGAUGGAUUCAAGACUUUGGUUAGCACUGUUACUGGGUCCGAUGAAGCUACCAAAAGUGAUAUACCUAGAGUGAUACCACAUAAUGAUUCGCAUGACAUCGAUAAGAUCCAUACAGAAAAGCCGCAUAUAGUUACAAGUAGACCUUUAACAUCGCCUAUAGCUGACCAGCCCGAUUUGGUGCCUACACAUGUUGAUGACGGCUAUCCAGAAUACAAUUGGCAUGACCUAUACAAGCACAAAAAAAGCAAGAAGGGUAAAUAUCACAAGUAUAAUAAGUACAAAAGCCAUAAGGGUCAUAAGCAUGCUGAAGAUGAAGAGUGCAACGAGGAAGAGGAAGAGGAAGAUGAUGAUUAUUGA